UCUUGAAAAAAUUCUAAUUCUAAGUUAUUCUAGAUAAUGAAUUUUCGGGCGCAGCAAUUGAACGAACUCGUCAAAUUGUCAAACAAGGGUUUGCCGGAUACUAUUUGGAUAAGUGGAAGGCCGUCUUCCGGGAAAUCAUUUAUCGUGGACAAAUUUACUACCACACUUGAACAACCAAAUUUUACUUUUAUCUACAGAGACUGUGUUUCAUUCAAUUCCUUCAAAGAGCUGUUGCAGGAUGUUCACUGUGAACUCAAUUCACCCGUGUCUUGCAAAUUAUCGAUGGCGGAAAUAUAUUCUACUCUGAAGUCCCAACAUAAAAUACUUCUCAUUGUAGAUCAUUGCGAUGCUAUGCUGGAAGAGAGUUCUAACGAACUUCUGAGCUUACCGGACAAAACGAAUCAAAAGGUGUCGAUUUUGAUAAUAAGCAGAUACCAUCCGGACGAUUUUUCCGAUCCACAAACGAGUCUAGCAUAUCACAUACAGCUAGAUAUGUAUUCUGAAACUGAGUGCAAAGCGAUUAUUAUGAAGGAUUUCACAAACUUUAAGUACGACCCAACUUCUCUGAGUUACUUCGUUGGGUCAAUUGUCGGAAUAGUUCACAUGAACAACCCGGAUCUAUUUGUUAUGCGGAAACUGAUUCACAAAAACCUGGAUUUAUUUAUGAAGCCAGCAGUUGAAGGAUCAUGCUCGCCUCAAGAUUUCAGAAGGUUGUGGGCUUUGUUUGAACCGAGUAUUGUGACAAAGACUAAUGAAAUUGGAGGAUAUGGGCAAACUAGAUUGACGUGUUUGGACCCAUACCCACGUGACAAAAUGGCAGACGAGCUGCUACCCUAUGACAGCAAUGUGGUCAUUGUUGCAGCGUAUCUUGCAAGUUACAAUCCGCCCUCCAGUGACGCCAGGUUUUUCGUCAAGCAGCGACAGAAGAAACCGACAACUGUCAAGCCUACUGUCAACAAAAUGUGUCACGUGACUGGACCAAAGCCUUUCGUCUUAGAACGACUCAUCGCCAUAUUUUACGCUAUCCACGAAGAGCCAGAAAAUUGUGUUCUCUCUAAUAUCUUUGCUCAGAUCUCGUCGAUGGUCGCCAAAAAUUAUCUGGCGCGUUAUGGAGCCGAAAUGCUCGACCAGCCAAAAUUCGUAUGCUUAGUCAAGUAUGAGUUCGCCCUAAAAUGUGCGAAGUGGUUUCAAUUUGAGCUACGAGAACAUCUGUAUGAUUUCACAUACGGAGCGUGUUCAAAUGUUUGACUUGAAAGUUUUUGUUGUAUUGUGUUAAAAAUUGUUUUUUGAUUUCUUCUGCUUUGCUUUUACUAUUGGUUUUCUAAUUUCAAAUUUGA